UCCGGUGCUCGUGUGCUCGUGUCAUCGUGGUGCACAAAAACACCGACUAUUUUAAACGUGACGGAAAGCCCGUGCAGAGCGCUCGUUUAACAUCUUAAAAUCACGCUUCGCUUUACCGAUCAUUUCUCAUUGUUUUUCUCGCUCUCACUCUCCUUCCAAGUUCCCUCUUCCCUUCGUCCCUCCUUCGGCUCGCCCUCGCACAGUUUUCCAUUUUCAUUAAACUUAUCGCGGAGUGUCUCGCGAUGUCGAAACGCUUGAUAAAAGUUCAUCGAAAGAAAAAAUGAUACGUUUUUGUACCAGUGGACUCGAUAAAAGGAGCGACGACGAGGAAGACUUUGUCAUCGGACCAAGAUUCGAUCGUGUCGCGACAACGUGCGCCCACCACGCGAAACAACGAUUCUACCUUUCGUCAGCAACGAUCAAACGCCACGUUACUUUGAGACACGAAGAAGAACCAACAAGAAUCGCCGAUCACGAACUCUCCCAUUGAUGCGUUCGUUGUCGUUGACCCGCGAUGUGACGAUCGAUGGAACCAGGAUGCGGUGGAUCGGUUACGUGGCGACGAUUCUCUGGUGGUCGGGCGUCGUCAGGUCUCUCACUUCACUCAAUCGAGGUCACAGCUACAAAAUAAGUCCGAAAUCGUGCCGAGUGACAGGUCUCAGUGGAAGGGUGAAUUUCGGCACGUGCAUGUUCGUAUUGGAGUGCAUGAAGUCGGAGGGGACUCACGUCGGUGUGUGCGUCGAUUCAUUCAUGAUCGGGAGUUGUUGCAUGCACAACAAGACGACAACGUCGACGGGAUCCCUGACGACGCUGCAGGACACGAGUUUGCAGGUGCAAACGGAGCGCGUGCAAAGCGUGCAGCAGUACAUACAGAAGACGCAGCUUCCUGAUUCGAAAUUCGGGAACGCGGGAGGGUCAACGGCCAAGCCAUCGCCGUCGCCGCCGCCCUCCUUGUUUUACGUCGGCGGAUCAUCGCGUCCGUUCCAGAAGAGGCCUCAGGCCAAGCCGAGCUCCGAAUUCACCGACUACGAAGCUCUGCAUCAGCUACAAAAGCACAAGCAACAAAAACCCUUCACUUUGUCGUCCAGCGGCAACAACGCUUGGUCCAAACUGCCUCAGGACGCCCCGAGACCCCCGCCGCACAGGCCCCCCAAUGUCUUCGAUAAUUUUCACACUCUCAAAGACAAAAUCGACGAUCCCUCGGUCACCACGACCUCCUUAAGGCUACCGGGCAAAAAUCAAGCUCCCGAUCUUGGAGACUCGCUACGCACGAGACCGCCCACCUCCUCCUCAUCUUCCUCCUCGUGGAACAACGCUCACACGCUCCAGGCAGGUCCGGAGGAGGAUUCGGAAGCGCACGAAACCGUCUACAGACCUUACCUCUAUAAUGAGCCGGAAGAAAAAAGUACCAGUACGUAUCGACCGAUAAUCGAGCACGAUGCGAGGCCGAACUUUGUGUCGAGACCAGAAAUAACGAAGAAGCCAACAAAGAGUAGAACGACCCCGAAGCCGGAGGCUCCUCAGCACAGCCACGAGGCGCACACAUCAACCGGGGGAUCGUCGUCCGCUCAAACGACUCAUUGGAAAGUCACAACCGAGCCAGCUUUCGUAACCAAGUUGUCAACGACGACGAUGACCGGACCGACCGUCACGAUACCCGGCGUCAAAAACGGCGCGCAUCUCUGGUCGGAUCACAGCUGGACACCUCAACUCGCAUCCUCCAUAAAACCCCAUUGGACCGAUGUGCAGGAUCUCCUGGACAACGAACCCGACAGAUUUCAGAACCGACCGAGUUUCGAGCCCACCGAGUCACUCCACAGUACCGAGCCCGAAAAGCCGUCGAUCGGUUCAGCUCACUACAUCACGACGGACGAUCUUGGUACCGCAUUAACGAGACCGCGGCCAACGAGAAGGAGAAAGCCGUCUUUGUCGGGCGGCAGCACCGCGGCUCUCGGGCCAGAUCGGCUGAAAAAUCGACCGACAUCCGCGAUGACGUUGCCGACUACGACGAUCUCCACGCUCGCUGCAACUUCCGGGAGCGCGAGUACCCUGCCCGAUAAUAAACCUUCGACGACGACGACGACCAGAGCGACGUUAUCGAGCACGACAACAACGACGACGACGACCACCCCAGCCCCAACGACGACGACGCCGAUGACAACUGUACCAACAACCACGACAGCCUCUUCCACAACGCGAAAAACUCUGGGCACGGUGCCAAUCGUUUCGGCUGUUGGCGAGAACGACAAAACCGAGUGCGGCGUUCCGCCGCUUUUUCCACGACCGGAAACUCGCAUCGUGGGCGGAAAAGACGCCUCCUUUGGGCGCUGGCCGUGGCAAGUAUCCGUACGGAGAACUUCCUUCUUCGGAUUCUCCAGCACUCAUCGGUGCGGCGGCGCCGUCCUUAAUGCCAAUUGGAUCGCCACCGCUGGACACUGCGUCGACGACUUACUGACGUCGCAGAUACGAAUAAGAGUCGGCGAUUACGAUUUUUCAUCGGUCCAGGAGCGUUUGCCGUACGUGGAACGCGGAAUAGCCAAAAAAGUAGUUCAUCCAAAGUACAAUUUUUUCACGUACGAGUACGACUUGGCUCUCGUGCGUUUGGAAAGUGCUUUGAUAUUUGCACCCCACAUUUCCCCGAUAUGCUUACCGGCGACGGACGAUCUUUUGAUCGGUGAAAACGCAACUGUUACCGGCUGGGGUCGACUGAGCGAAGGCGGAACGCUCCCCUCGAUACUGCAAGAGGUAUCCGUACCGAUAGUGAGCAACGAUCGAUGCAAGACGAUGUUUCUUCGCGCUGACAGGCACGAGUACAUCCCAGAGAUAUUUUUGUGUGCAGGUUACGAGACCGGCGGGCAAGACUCGUGUCAGGGUGAUUCGGGUGGUCCGCUUCAAGUACGUGGCAAAGAUGGUCGUUACUUUCUCGCGGGCAUAAUAUCGUGGGGAAUAGGCUGUGCCGAGGCUAAUUUACCUGGCGUUUGUACGAGAAUCUCCAAGUUCGUUCCCUGGAUCCUCAAGAACGUGACUUGAUUAUUGAGAAUAUCGAGCAACCAAUUUUUCCAAUCCUUCGCCUUUUUCUUUCUCCUCCUUUUUACCCACCCUGUUAUUCAUCGAGCGAAGAUCGCAAGAUUCCUGAUAAAUCUUAUAAUCGGUCGGAGCGAUUUCACGUCUAAUUACAAAAGCAAAAACAAUCUUGGAAUGUUUUCAACGUUUCUCGAGCUCGUUGUUCAGUCUCAAACGUUUGUCAAACAAAUUUCUUACGUUUUUACCUUCGUUCUAGGCCACGAUUGAUCCUGGAGAAUUGAAGUCGAGAUAUUUCUGCUCGUAAAUCCAACAACGAGGUCGAAAACGCUUCAAAUUUUUGUCUCAUUCAUUCCAUUCGAUUAAAGUUUCAUGCUAUAAAUCCUAUAAAACAAAAAACACUUCCAAAUGAAUGGAACAAAGUUUUAUCGCAAAAGCCGACAUUUUUGCGCAUUUUUGGCCUCGAUCCCGAGGAAUAUAUUUCCGGAGCAAUGGAAUUCGACAAUCCGUCAAUGAAAUACGAUUCUGACUCAGUUCGUCGUGGAAUCAGCAUAGUAAUUUAUCCAGACAAUCGUGCUCAUCCCAUUGAACCUGAAUCUCUCGAUGAAAUAUCAUUUUUCAUUCUUUCCUUUCGUGUUUCUUCGCUUCUCCUUAUGGACUCUCAAUAACGCACGAAGGAUGGACAAGCACGCAUCGAAAAAAUGUUUUUCCUCCUCGUGUGGGAUUGUCAAUUCGUUAUAAUUGCAUAUUAGAACGAUUAGAUGUUAAUUGAAAUGAUGAUUGAUAAUAUAUUCGCUCGUAGCUCGUAAGUCAAAGACUAGCAGACUAUUAUUAGCUUUAUCGUAUCUAACUAUUAACUUAAACGCUGGACGAUGUGUGUGUUUUUUCCUUUCCUCUUGUUCUUCAUAUUAUUUUUAUUCUGUGUCUCUUUAGCGACGUAAUAUUUAAGCGCGUAUGCACUCGUGUAAUUUAACUGUUGAUAUAAGAAAGGGCGGCCAAAGUUAGGUGACUUUUCGUUAGAUUAUGUCUGGGGAAGAGACGAUCCAAAAAAAUUCAAACAAUUAUCGUCCAGCAGGCGAUCGAUUUUCAUCCAAAAUAAUUCAGCAGUUUCAUUAGCCCUCAUUCGGUUUUUCAAUCGUGACAAUGAUAAAUUCGAGUACCGUUCACCAAAUAUUUGGCGAAUUUGAAAAAGUUGUCGGAUUCGAUAAAAUCGAUUGAAUUUCGAAUCGAUCAAGCCUGUUUUCCGGCGAAUCUCUAUAUUUUUUUACAAUAUUUUUACAAAAGUUUCGUUCCAACUGUAAAAAAUCGCAUUUGUUUUUCAGCAAUAUAUCAUUAUCGUACUUAGGAUGAGAUGAAGGAAAAUCCCUGAAGCCAAUCUCUUGCCGAUUCCACAUAAUCUUUCAUCCGUUAAAGUAAAUCGUCUCCUUGUUGCGUCCUUAUGAGAGCGAGAGAGAAAGAACGAAAGAGCGAGAGCGAGAGAGAGAGCGCAAAUAGUACCCAAGCGGCUUGUAUUUAUAUUAUUUCGUAAACGGAAGUUUAUUCAUGAAUAACGUGAAUUAUUUUGUACAGAUCGAUUAUUAACUUAAGUAUUAAAGCUACGGUAAUUACGUACGAUAUUUUUGUACUGCUAUACGAAGAGGUACGAAAUUUCCAUUUAACAAAUAAAAAAAGGGGGGGAAAAAGAAAAUAUCUGCGAGAGCGAAUAACGAAUGAAAGAGAAUGAAGCGAAAGAAAAUUGAAAACUUUCUUAAAUAACAUGAAACUUGACAAUAUUUAUAACGCUACACGGAGAGCUAUUACCUUUAAGUAUCGAUUAAUAAAUUUUCACGUGGUUAUGAGAGAGCCAUGAUGUGCGUGUUUUCA